AUGGGCAGUGCCAGUAAUCAGAUACAGCGCAGGAAUAGUGGCAUGGAGAAAGCAGAAGUAGCUCCAGGACUCAUGCAGAAGAUGGUAAUCCUAGAAAACGGCGCACAUAGUAAGAAGAGUGAUGGACUCAGCAAAACCGAGGGUCACUGUACCAUUAGAGAAGCAGGAACUUUGCUGGCGUUCACAGUUCGGGACCAGACUUCCGUCCGCGAUUACAAUGAAGAGUCGUAUUCUUCUUCUGCUGGUGUCCAGUUGCCUCGCUGGGGAGCUGAUGGGAGCUACUUAAGACAUGCAGAGGACUGCGAGGAGCAGCACUCAUGCGAAGAAAUGGAAGGAUAUUGUAUGAAAUCUGAGGACUGGGAUGUCUGUACAGGCGAAAUUCACGGGCCUGGCUGCAGCGGAGACGACUGUGCCUGCUGUUCAAAGGAGUCCUGUAAACGACAGAACGAAUGUGAAGAAUAUAAUGGAUACUGCUUCAAGAAGUUCUCUGGCCAUACUUGCAGUGGUAUUGUCCUUGAUGAGGGAUGCGAAGGUUCACCACUCUGCGCCUGUUGUAUCACAGACACUAAUGAGUGCGUCGAGUUACACGAAUGCAUCGAAUUCGAUGGAUAUUGCUUGAAGCAUUACUUCUGGCACGGCUGCAAAGGUGUCAUCGACUCGACUCUUUGCCUUGGUCCAGACUGUGGUUGUUGCCUGCCUAGUGAGUGCAGACCUUCAAAGCAGUGCAGAGAAAAUGAAGGUUACUGUUUCAAAGAUGGCAGCGGACAUGUCUGCAAUGGUUUAAUCUACGAAGAUGGGUGUCAUGAGAAGGAUUGUGCCUGUUGUAUUGAAAAUCCGGAUGCUUGUGUCACACUACAAGCGUGCAAGAAUGCUGGAAGCACUUGUAAGAAGUCAGAAUUAUGGUCCUCUUGCCUUGGGGCGAUCGACUCGACUUCCUGCCUUGGAGAUGACUGUGGCUGUUGCAUGUUUGGUGAAUGUACGCCUUUAAGCACAUGCACAGAUGCUGGUGGCUAUUGCUACAACACGAAAAGUGGCCAUGUCUGCGAGGGUGCCGUCUACGGAGAAGGCUGCUCUGGAAAUGACUGCGCCUGUUGUAUUACAGAUUGUACACCAAACGCACUGUGCUCUGCCAACAGUGGACAAUGCUACAAUAUGGAUAGUGGCUUUGUCUGCAGUGGUACUGUUUAUGAGGAAGGAUGCGAAGAAGAAGAAUGUGCCUGUUGCAUUCCUGAUCCUUCCGUAUGUGUGGAGUUAAAUGAAUGUGCAGAAGAUAAAGGACAUUGUAUGCCAACUGCUGAAUGCAUAGGUUUCGCAGAGACAGGCGGAUGCCUUGGGACCGAUUGCUCUUGUUGCAAGGAUUGUACACCUAAAUCAAUGUGCGCCAACCACAACGGAAAAUGCUACAAUACGAACAGUGACUAUGUCUGCAAUGGUACUGUUAUUGAGGACGGGUGCCGAGAAGAAGAAUGUGCCUGUUGCAUUGCUGAUCCUGCAGUAUGUUUUGAAUUAAGUGAUGAAUGUACAGAAUAUGACGGACACUGUAUGCCAACUGCCGAUUGCAUAGGUUUCGCAGACCCAGAAGGAUGCAUUGGGCCCAGUUGCACUUGUUGCAGGGAUUGUACACCUAAAUCACAGUGCUCUAUGAACUAUGGACAAUGCUACAAUACGAAGAGUAACUAUAUCUGCUAUGGUAUUGUUUAUAAGGAAGGAUGCGAAGAAUCAGAUUGUGCCUGUUGCAUUCCUGGUAGGAGAACACCUUCAUAA